AUGGGUGUAUACACACAGAAAGGCAUUGUUCCGCGGUACAUAGUCGCCGAAAAAAUCACUGGGUUGUUCGCCCAGCCACUGAUCGACCAGUCCGGCAUCGCAACGUCCUUCCAGAAACCGCUGGUGGUGCUGGAUAACGCCUGCGGCACGGGGAUUGUGUCGAGUUUUUUGAAUCAAAAAAUACACUACAAGACGAGGAAGCGCUGGAAAUUGGUAUGCAGUGAUUUGACACAGGAGAUACUCGACUAUACUAGGCAGAGGAUCCGGGAUGAAGCGUGGAUGAACGCUAAGGCCAAGCUUGUGGAUGCGCAAGAUACGGGCCUUCCAAAUGAAUAUUUUACUCAUGUUUUCGUUGGAUUUGCAUUCAACACCUUUCUCGAUGAAAUGGCCGCAAUGAAUGAAUGCUUCCGUAUCCUCAAACCAGGAGGCACACUUGCUAUUUCCACAUGGCAAUCUACCGACUGGCUAACCCUAAUCGAAAGCGCCAUCAUGACCAUCCCCGACAACCUCCCCUUCCCCUCCACCAAGGAGUUCUUCGCACUGUACAGCAGAGGCUGGCACUCCAAGAGCUACGUACGUGCACAGCUGGAGACGGCAGGAUUCAGACACGUCCAGACCACCUCUGUGAACAAGCAGAUAUCGCUCCCCAUUUCGGAGUUCAUGGAGGUCGUGAUGAGCAUAGUACCUGUUGUGGCUAUUAGGUUUUGGACGCAGGAGCAGCGCACCAGGUACCAGGGUGAUGUCCCGGGUGUGGUGAGGCGGUAUCUGGAGGGGAGAUUUGGGGUGUUGGGGUUGGUUGUGUUGGAGCCUUGGGCGCUUGUUACGACUGGGCUUAAGGUAUAGCUGGUACCAGAUAGUUAGUAUCUG